AUGGAUCAAUUGAACGGAGCUGUGGUGUUUUCAAAAAUUGAUUUGCGGUCAGGAUAUCAUCAGAUUCUGGUCAAGGCUGAGGAUGUACAGAAGACAGCCUUUAGGUCUAGAUAUGGGCAUUAUGAGUACGUAGUUAUGCCUUUUGGUGUGACUAAUGCUCCUGCCUUAUUCAUGGACUAUAUGAACAGAAUUUUCAGACCUUUUCUCGAUAAGUUUGUCGUUGUUUUUAUAGACGACAUCCUUAUCUACUCCAAAACUCAUGAAGAUCAUGUUCAACACUUAAGAACAGUACUUGGGAUUUUGAGGGAGGAAAAGUUGUAUGCUAAACUAUCAAAGUGUGAGUUUUUGAUGCGAGAGGUUCAGUUUUUGGGCCAUGUGAUAUCUUCUCUAGGAAUAUCAGUGGACCCAGCUAAAGUGGAUGUCGUGGUACAGUGGGAACGACCAAAGUCGUAUGUACCUGAUGGUUCACAUGUUCUAGAGGUGGAUGAUGUACAAGUUAAAGAAGACCUUUCAGUGGAACUGCAACCAAUUGGCUUAGAUGGCCGUCAGACGAAACAUCACAGAGGAAAGACCAUCAACUUAGUCAAGGUUGUCUGGGAUAGUAGGACAGGUGAUUCCACUUGGGAGUUGGAGGAGGAUAUGAUGAAGUCAUAUCCUUAUCUAUUUCCUAUGGUUCUAUUGAUGCACUCUGAUCAUGUUCUUGUUGUUCUUAGGGAGAAUUGGGGACUUUGUCAGGUUGUGAGAUUUGCUUACUCGCUGGGCAAGCGUCCUCGCUGGGCCAAUAAGUUGAUCUGCAUAAUUAUGGAGAACACUGAUCUGCAGAAUUAUGCAGAUUCGCAGACUCGCUGGGCAAAUUUUCAAGUUAGGAAAUUCCAAUCCUGGACUAGUGGCUAG